CAAUUUCUUCAAUCAAUCAUGGCUUCCGUCGAGCCCAUGAAGAAAUUCCCAACUAGAGCCGACGCAUUAGCUUUCAUCGCCCAAAUAAAACGAGCCUUUCAUCAAUCAAAUCAAGACUACAACAACAACAAGUUCGACCAAUUUGUUGAUGCCCUUAAGGAUUUCGAACAACAAAAAAUCACCCCAGAAUCUCUAAUCUUCAAUUUACAAAGUUUGUUCCAUGGCCACGAGGAUUUACUUCGUGGGUUCAAGUUUUUCUGCCCUUAUUCCGAUCAACAGCCCGAAAGAACCCGGAUUUUGACAAGAAAUCAUCACGAAUUUGACUAUCACCAGAGACAAAUAUGCUACAAGUUUUUGAACAAAGUCGAGCAAAGAUUCCGCGACAAUCCGGAAACUUACGCAGAGUUCUUGGACGCGCUGAUUAUGUACGGAGAUCAUAAGUUACUAAUGGAGCCGUUCUGUCAAAAGCUGGUGCAAUUGUUCUUCGGGCACGCGGAUUUGUUGCACAAAUUCGUGGGUUAUUUCGACGACGGUGAGAACAAAUUCCAACAAGAACUGGAAGAGCUGUGUACAGUUGAUAUCGACGGUCGCGUGGAGGAGAUUGAGAAGAAGUUGUGCAAUUUCAGGACUACGAUUGCCUGUGUUGAAAAGGCCUUGCGAGAGAACACGAUUUCGAAGGUUGUCGAAUUCGUCGAACGCGAAUUCGGAGGGAUCAAAGCGAUGAGGAUUAAGAGAACGUUCCCGGAAAACAGUGAUGAAGUGAUCAAGUGCUUGAAGAGUGAUCCAGUGAAGGCUCUGCCUCUUGUUUUGGAUCAGCUCAGAGAAAAGGAACUACAAGCUCAAAUGGAUCGGUCUGCUGCUCUGAAGUUUUCGAGAGAUUUUUUGAAUGGUGGCUGUAAUUCUAAGAAAAGAGGAAGAGACCAGAUUGAUGGAUGA